AUGUGGGUCGUGUGGGUUAAGAACAGGGUCACCCACAGUGCUUUGCCUGCCUCCAUCACACCAAUGGAGGCGUGGUCCGGCCAGAAGCCGCAUGUGGGCAUAGCUCGGAUUUGUGGUUGCAUGGGGAGUGUCAUGCUGCAUGGGCAUGAGAAGGGUGGCAAGCUUGAUGCACAGGCUGUCAUGUGUGUCUGUGUUGGGGUGGACAUGGAGAGCAAGGGUUGGCGCAUGCUGGACCCUUCUCUCAUGCGCAUUCGCAUUGCUCGGGAUGUUGAUUUUCUUGAGAAUGUGAUGUGGAAGGAUUGGGACAAGGCAAAGGGAUUUGGGGAGCUUCUGCAGGAUGCAGCUGCGAUUUCCCAACUCCUCCCUCUUCCACUCUCGCCACCCUCAGCAACGGCUGACGACGUUGAGAUGCCACCGGCACCGCUAAGUGUGUCGGUGCAGCAGCAGCCCACCCCUCUGCAGAAGCUCAAUGGCCCCUCGGUCAUUCAGCGGACAUUCGCUACACAGGCUACUUCCUCUUCCUCCUCCUCUGGUCAGCGCUCUGUCCCUCUCUCUACGGGUGCCCCUCCGUCACCAGCGACUACCUCCCCACCACCAGUUACGGGUUUGCAGGUGCUUGGUAUCCAGUCUGGUACAGGUGGUGAGGAGGUAGGGGGGCAUGCUGUGUUUGGCCAGGGAGGUGGAAGGUGUUGCACUGGCAGGUGUGAGCACCGGUGA